CACACACAAUAAAGAUGACAGAUUGCAGAUGUUAAAUUGGUUAUCUAAACAAUUACCUUAAACUGAAAUGACCAUGGUCUCCCUGCGCAUAAUUAAUACUCUCAGAGAUGUGUUUGUAUGCAGAAUGAAAAUGAUCUGGCUGCAUAUCUAACAUCACUGCAGACUGCUGUCGGUGGGCAGAGCUCAUUUCACACUGCUGAUACCCCCACUCAUAACCGAUCAAUGUUUUGUUGCAUUUAAACAUGCAUUUGAAAAAUACACAUGCAAUUCAUAAUGUUGAUCUACUGUAUGCAUUAAUAUAACUAAUACCCAAUUAGGACUACGGACAGAAUCAUAGCACACCUGAGACCCUGACCAUGUGCUCCUGUAGGUAAUGUUUGCUGCUUUCUCUCUUUAUACCUCCCAACCUCGCAAAUGCAUUAUCUAGGUAGCUGAUCUUUAUCUGUUUGAGCGUGCAACUCGUAUUAAUUGUUUAAAGGUGAGUUUUCUCUCUUUGGCCAAUAAAAAAUGCAUCCUCUCCAGAUCGAUUGUUGUUGCUAGGAGACAGAAGCAUCCUGAGGCGAGGCAGCAUCCCAAACGCCAGACGUGUGUUUUCUACUACAGCAACGGCACUAUUUCUCUCUCCCUCUCCCUCCCUCUCUCUCUCUAGCUCUCACUCGCUCGCUCUCUGAUGAGUGAGGGCAGUGUUGUCAGCCUCUCUGCUGCGCUCCCUGCGUGCGGACCCACACAAACGGAGUUAAGGAACAGUUUGAAAUACGGCAAAGAAGAGGAAAAAUGCAAGAUUGCAGACAGAAGGAAUGUUUAACAGAGUUCAAAGGCUGAACCCAGUGCUGUGGAUCUCCAUGAGUAACCAGACAGAGCUCCCUGCCUCCCCUUCAUGCCUCUGUCAGUUCUUUGACGCCCACCUUACACCCUCUCUCUCCCCACCUGACCGUUACACCUUCUCAAUCCUCUUCCCUUAAAUGAUGUGGUCUGCUCUCCGUGCUCUGCUCCUGGUGCUGCUGGGUACCAGGGUCCUGGUCUCCACCGGAGACUCUCCCCGGAAAGAAAUUAAGAUCGAUGGGGACCUGGUUUUGGGAGGCCUCUUCCCCAUCCAUGAGAAGGGCAUGGGCAUGGACGAAUGUGGCCGGAUCAAUGAAGAUCGAGGCAUCCAGCGGCUUGAAGCAAUGCUUUUCGCCAUAGAUCAGAUCAACCAGGACGUAGGUCUGCUACCGGGUGUGGCUUUGGGUGUCCAUAUCCUGGACACCUGCUCGAGGGAUACCUACGCUCUAGAACAGGCGCUGGAGUUUGUUAGGGCUUCGCUUACAAAAGUGGAUGAUACAGAGUUUAUCUGUCCUGAUGGAUCCUACGCUCUUCAAGAAGACAGUCCGCUGGCCAUAGCUGGUGUCAUUGGAGGAUCUUUUAGCAGUGUCUCCAUACAGGUUGCCAACCUGCUGCGACUAUUUCAGAUCCCUCAGAUCAGCUAUGCCAGUACCAGUGCCAAACUCAGCGACAAAUCCCGUUAUGAUUACUUCGCACGCACCGUCCCACCAGAUUUCUACCAGGCCAAGGCCAUGGCGGAGAUCCUGCGUGCUUUCAACUGGACCUACGUUUCCACCGUCGCCUCAGAGGGUGACUACGGAGAAACAGGAAUCGAAGCCUUCGAGCAACAAGCCCGUUUGAGAAAUAUCUGCAUUGCUACUUCAGAAAAAGUAGGACGGUCAAGCGCUAAACGCUCUUCGUACGAAGCGGUGGUUCGUCAGCUUCUACAAAAGCCCACGGCCCAUGUGGCAGUGCUGUUUUUGCGUAGUGACGACGCACGAGAACUCAUCGCGGCUGCCACCCGCCUCAACGCAUCUUUUCUCUGGGUUGCAAGCGAUGGAUGGGGGGCGCAAGAGAGCAUCGUAAAAGGGAACGAAUUCACGGCGGACGGUGCGAUUACAUUAGAGCUCGCGGCUCAUCCUAUACCAGAGUUCAACCGCUACUUCCAGAGCCUCACGCCUCUUAAUAAUCACCGCAACCCUUGGUUCAAAGACUUCUGGGAACAAAAGUUUCAGUGUUCGUUGGGCACCACUUCAGCAGCAGGGGCGGGAACCCCAAAACCACCUUGUGACCCAGAACUGGCUGUCGACAAGUCUAAUUUUGAGCCCGAAUCAAAGAUCAUGUUUGUUGUAAAUGCUGUAUAUGCCAUGGCACACGCCUUGCAUCGAAUGCAACGGACUCUUUGCACCAACACCACGCGCUUGUGUGACGCCAUGCGGAGUCUCGACGGCAGGAAACUCUACCGGGACUUUCUACUUCACGUCAACUUUAGAGCUCCGUUCUCCCCUGCUGGCUCGGAGAAUCAAGUAAAGUUUGAUGCGUAUGGUGACGGAAUGGGCCGAUACAACAUCUUCAACUACCAGCGUGUGCCAGGCAGCGACAAGUUCACUUAUAUCCAGGUUGGAGAGUGGGCAGAGAGUCUUACCCUAAAUGAGGGCUUGAUUGGCUGGCCGAGGGGAGCGGAUGUACCCACGUCCCAAUGCAGUGAUCCUUGUGCUCCCAAUGAGAUGAAGAAGAUGCAAGCAGGCGAAUACUGUUGCUGGAUUUGUACACCUUGUGAGCCCUAUGAAUACCUGCCAGAUGAGUUCACAUGCAUGCCCUGUGCACCCGGCCAAUGGCCCCGUCCUGACCUGACCGGAUGCUACGACCUUCCUGAGGACUACAUCAUGUGGGAGGAUGCUUGGGCCAUUGGACCCAUCUCGAUUGCAUGCGUUGGCUUCAUAUGUACCUUAAUGGUCUUUGUUGUUUUCAUUCGGCACAACGACACGCCACUGGUCAAAGCGUCCGGUCGUGAGCUGUGCUACAUCCUGCUGCUGGGCGUCUUCAUGUCCUACGUCAUGACUUUCAUAUUCAUUGCAAAACCUUCGCCUAUCGUGUGCACGCUGCGGAGGUUAGGCCUCGGUACCUCGUUUGCAGUAUGCUACUCCGCCUUGCUCACGAAGACCAAUCGCAUCGCUCGCAUCUUCAGCGGUGUAAAAGAGGGCGGAGCACAGAAGCCACGCUUCAUCAGUCCCAGCUCACAGGUGUUCAUCUGUCUGUUGUUGAUCUCCGUGCAGCUCUUGUUGGUGUCUGUCUGGCUACUCGUAGAAGUGCCUGGCACACGGCGGUUCACAACUCCGGAAAAACGUCAGACUGUCAUUUUGAAGUGUAAUGUACGGGACUCUAGCAUGCUGCUGUCGCUGAGCUACGACAUGGUUCUGGUGGUCCUCUGCACGGUCUAUGCCUUCAAGACCCGCAAGUGUCCGGAGAACUUCAAUGAGGCCAAGUUCAUCGGCUUCACCAUGUACACCACCUGUAUCAUCUGGCUGGCCUUCUUGCCUAUCUUCUACGUCACCUCCAGUGACUACAGGGUCCAAACCACAACCAUGUGUAUAUCUGUCAGUCUGAGUGGAUUUGUGGUGCUGGGCUGCAUGUUUGCCCCCAAAGUCCACAUCAUCAUGUUCCAGCCUCAGAAGAACGUCGCCAGUCACCGGUUAAACAUGAACCGGUUUAGUGUGAGUGGGCCGGCCACUAGCUACGCGUCCCAAGCAUCUGUUAGCGCCCAAUACGUUCCGACGGUGUGCAACGGCAGAGAGAUCGUCGACUCCACCACUUCCUCUCUGUGACCUCGCCUCUUCCUCCAGACUCCUGCUCCUUAGCGACUGUUAGCCAAUCAGCACACAUUGUGCUCUGCCCAAGAACUAGGUCUGCCUACAGUGUGUAGAAAGUGUGUAUGAUUAUGAUGAUUAUUAAAUUAUUUUUAGGGCUUGUUGUAAAUAUAAACUGACGUUGUAGAGAAACAAAAGAACAAAAAAAAAAUCCUUUAUAGAGAGAUUUUGGAAACUUUUGUUUUGAUAGCUUUAUUAUGUGUGUUGUAAACGGCCAUGAUGUGAUAAUGUAAAACUCAAACCAGUUUUUGAUCGGGCCACAGUAGAGACUGACAGAAACGGCUCCGCCUGCAAUACUGGACACUGGAAUUUGUGGUCGUUUUCUUUUGUAGGCCUCACUGUAAUAACCUAAACUGUAUGUAUUUCUAUGUUGUACAUUUUGUACAGAAUCUUAACCGAUGGUUUUAACAGCACAAGGUGACAGUAUUAGAGUCUAUGCUGGUCAUGAGGUCCAGAGCAGGAAAACCAUCGAGUAAGCACUCGCACCUCUUCACGUCGUCUCAUCACAGGCAGUGGCUGUAUGCCAGAGGUUACAACACCAUUUUAGUACACUGUCAUGACAUCUGAAAGCAUAUUACAUUAACUGGAUCUCAUAAGCGUUGCGUUCGGAUUGGCUGUGAAGCAUGAUUAUGUUGCAGAGCAGAUGUGCAGUGCUCUGAGAUGUUAUAUGUUUACAUUGCCUGUGACGAGAAGACUUCAGGGACAAAAAGUCUGGAAGAUGAGCAUGUGAGGUAUUUUUUAAGUUGAUAUGUACCUCUUUUCCACCAUAAUGGUGCCAUCCCACAUUUGUCGACUGGAUAAACGGUGAUUCGCCAGGAAAAAAAAUCACGUCCACACCUACCCUUAAAACUACGGAAGUAGUUUUAUUUUCUCGUUAUCUCGACAUAACGAAAGUUUGUUUUCUCGUUAUAAAAACAUGAAAGUUUUACUGAAAACGUCUUUCGUUAUGUCUAGAUAACGAGAAAAUUAAGUCGUUAUAACGAGAAAACGAUUUUCGUUAUGUUGAGAUAACGAGAAAAUGACUUUGGUUAUUUCGAGAUAACGAGAAAAUGACUUUGGUUAUUUCGAGAUAACGAGAAAAUUAAGUCGUUAUAAUGAGAAAACAAGAAGGAAAAAAAUUAUAAUGCAUGGCAGCUUAGAACUUCCGUAAAAACCUGUUUGUCAUGAAGCAAGAAAGAGUAUUGUCAAAGGGCAAACAAUAGGAUAGUUCCCUCACCAAAUAAAUUUUUUUAAACAUAAAUUGGAAUUGUAAAUAAUUGUAAAUUAAGGAGAAAAAUUUAAAUUGCUAAUAUUUACAUUAUCUUUUGCUCACCAAGGCUGCAUUUAAUCAAAAAUGCAUUAACAUUGUGAAACAUUAUUACAAUUUAAAAUAAUCGUUUUCUAUAUAAAAAGAUUUUAAAAUGUGAUUUAUUUCUUAAAUGGCAAAGCUGAAUUUUCAGAAUCAUUACUCCAGUCGUUAGUGUCACAUGAUCCUUCAGAAAUCAUUCUAAUAUGCUGAUUUGCUGCUUGAUGAACAUUUCUAAUCUUCAAUUUUAAAAAUAGUUGUGCUGCUUAAUAUUUCUGUCUACCCCAACACUGGCACCGGCGCCAUUUCAGUGGAAAACUGGUGAUAAUCAGUUGUGUUUCUGGUGUGUGAAAUGCUUUGUGAUGCAGUGAAUGUAAAAUGUAUUCUGUUGUUCGAUAUCGGCUUGUUGUGCCUUAUCAUUUGUCCUAUAGUUUUAAUACGAGAGGUUCCUCAGAGCCUUUGGGCGGGGGGGGCCAGGCCAUUUUUUACAGACGUCUUUUUUUACAUUUCAGAAGUUUUAUACAUUUCUAUGUUUUUCUGUUGGUUCGUUUGGAAUAGAGUGGGAUGAUUGGGUUCUUUGACAAGCUGAAGAUUGAGGAGAGCUAAAAUGUUAAAACUUUGCUCGUUUUUAGCUUGCGGUCAUCUCACGGCCCCAAGGGAUUCUGUACAAUAUCACGCUAUCUAAUGUAAGUGUCAAACUGUAUCAUGUAGGACCAUCCAUUCUUGGCUCGUCAAAAAGAGACAUAGUAAACAAACAUGUAACAGUAACCUAGAAAUGCUAAAGCUCUCAACAUUCAUAAUUCAUCAGCAUGGCAGCAAAGGAAAUCAUUUGUAUGUCAGUUAACAGAACCAGGAUGUGAACAUACACAGCAGGAAUGUGAAAAUCAGAUGACAGAAAAACAUAACCAAUCAAUGACAGAUUUAGUCUUCCAAUGGAGAUGGACUUGCUCACAGAAGAGACACAAGAGAUACAAAUUUAUACAAUCAAUAUGCAGCUGAGCCCAUUAAAACUAUACACUCGCUCACUUUUUUCCUUUUUUUGCCCACUAAUUAGUGAUUACUAUGGUGAGCAACAGGAUUGCAAUUCCAACAAACACCUAAACCUAAGUAAAUGUCAUUAGCUAGCCUGACUCAAAACUCAGAAAAACCUGCAAAGCAACAUUUAAAAACACUCUGAACAUCUGUAGCACCUGAAUAGUAACUUGCUAAAAAAACACGUAAAACAUUUGAACAAUUGCAUAGCAACACCCUGGAAACAGCUUGGAACGCCUUAAAACCAUGCUAACCAACACAUAGAAACACCUUAAGAACUGCAUAACUACACCCUGGCAACCAUCCAAAAGAACCUAGUAACUGUAAAAAUGGAACUUUAGCAACUGCAUAGCAAUGCUAGCAAACAUUCUAAAAACCACCCAGAAUAUCUUCACAACUCCAUAGCAACACCCUGAUAACCAACCAGAUACUAGCAACUGCACAGUAACGUCCUAAAAACCACUCCAAACAUCUCAGCAGUUGCAUAGAAACACCCUGGUAACCAACCAAAUCCUAACGACAGCACAGUAACAAUCUGAAAACCACCCAGAACAUCUUCACAACUCCAUAGCAGAGGUCGUGUUAACCAAAAGUUGUCCGUCAUUGACAGAAUCUUUUUUUUUAGAAGUGACGGAAAAAUCUGAAGGCCGUCUGUCACUUUGACAGAUCACGCUGAGGGUGAUCUAUUGUAAAUUAUAACUGUAAUUCCCACAGUGUAGCUGCAGAGUCAGCCUCCAGAACAAAAAUAAAACAGUCACGAGUGAUUUGCUUUGCAUUUGAUUACGCACAGGUGAGUAGCAAGUAAAAUGCGAGACGAUCAGUUGAAUUUCAAAAUAAAAUAGAAUGCCAGAAUUUGAAAUUUGUUUCAUAUCAAAAGUAACAACGCACAAAGAUUAGCCUAUUGGGAUUUACUGGAUGAGGCACACUAUAUCAUAGACUGAAAAUAGCAUUGAUUUAGAUUCAAGAAUAGAUAUUGGUUCACAAAAAUUAGAAACUAUUAAAAUAGGGUUGUUGUUUUUUUACCCAGCCCUAGCAUAUUCUGUUGUUUUAGUGGCCUCCGCUGUCACUGUGGGUUGUGUGUUGAAAAUUAAAAGUUAUGCACAGUCUCUGUUCAUCUAUUCUCUUUAUAAAUAAAUAAAUGCAUAAACCUAUAUGCUUGUCCUGUAGGUUAAUUAUUAAAAAUUAAUAUGUGAACAAAAAUAAAAGCAAUUAAAUGUGUUAUUAUAAUUAAAACAUGCAAAUUUAAAUAACAGGUAAUAAUAGAUUAUGACAGAAUUUUUAUGACCCUGUCCAUUAAAAUAAAAUAAAAAAGUCUAACCAACCUCUGCUCCACAGCAACACCCUGGAAACCAACCACACCCUAACAACAGUACGGUAACAUUCAACCACCCAGAACAUUUUUGCAUGCAACUGCAUAGAUCAAUAAAUCUAAAUUUUGCACUUUGUAAAAAAUAACUUCAAAACCGUAUGAGUAGAGCAGAGACAGUCCACAUUUGAAACAAAGAAAGCCAGUGAGUGUAGAGAGAUAAACAGCGUGGUUUAUGUAAUGUAUUUCACUGCCCCUAAACUCCAGUCCCAUACUCAGCAGCUCAAUGCUUUUGCGGUGAGGCUUACAGUAAAACACCCUCCCAAAAUCUGCACACAUCCUCUUUCUGCACGUUAAGUUGCUAGGGGUCCUCGUUCCAGCCUUAGCCUCUUUAAGAAUGUUUUUGAGAGAAGAAAAAGUCAAAUGUGGCGGUUUCGUCUGAGUGGCUUAGAAACGUUUUAGGAGGGAGCCGAGACUGCAGUGUGCGCAGAAACACACAUGGAGAGUGAGCCUCCCUCACCCACUGCAGCGGUUUCAUUUCAGAGUGGGGAUCGAGGGUCUUACUGCAGAAGCAACCGGCUGUGUCUAAACGCGUCACUGCGUGGGAAAGUUUAAGGCAAACUUUCAGACAUCUGUUCAUGUUUGACAUAAAUCUUCACACCACAGCAGAAUACGGAUUUCAGUCCUGUUUGGAGUGCUAAAUACGGUUAGGUUCAUAAACUGUUUUGAAGUGACAACCGUCCGUAUCCUAUAACCAAAGUGACAACUUCACACUCACAGGUGUCACAUCUGAAUUCAACCAAGUUCAGUUGAUGUGUGAGCAGAACUACAGAUGAUAAAUAGUGGAAUGUGUACUAUGUAAGAAGAGAGCAAGAUAGUAGUAUCACAGUACACCGAAAACAAUUUGAGAUUUUACUGAUUUUGAAAUGAUUUCUCAGGCUAUACAAUGUGCUUCUUCAUAUGAACAGAUUUGGAGAAAUUUAGCAUUUUAUCAUUCGCUCCCCAAUGGAUCCUCUGGGUUAGGGUUGCUGUCAGAAUGAGUCCAGACAGCUGAUGAAAACAUCACCAUAACUCCAGUUCAUCAAUUAACAUCUUUGUGAAUCAAAAAGUUACACGUUUGUAAGAAACAAAUCAAUCAUUGUUUCAAAACAACUUCAGACCACUGCUUCUGUCCAAAAAGUCCAUAAUAAAGGACACUAUGGGAUGCGUUUUAUUGGAAAAAUUACAUUAUUUUUAAUUAUAGACCAUAUGUUUUUUUUUUAGAAACAUACAGCCUUUUGCUUUUUAAGAUAUUAAUUGAUGGACUGGAAUCUUGUGGAUUUCUUGUUGUUUAUUGUGAUGUUUUUAUCAGCUGUUUGGACUCUCAUUCUGAUGGCACCCAUUCACUGCAGAGGAUCCAUUGGUGAGCAAGUGAUGUACUGCUACAUCUGUUCUAAUGAAGAAACACAUUCAUCUACAUCUUGAAUGGCCUGAGGGUGAGUAGAUUUUUACCAAAUUUUUAGCAAAUUUUUGGGUAAACUAUUUCUAAGUGUCUGGGCAGACUAGGUAACUGAGAAAAACAAGUUUUUUGACUCAUCUAAGAAAGAAAAAGUUGGCAAAAAAUUGUUUAGAUUAAUCAAACUAUAUCAAAACAAUACAAAAUCUUGAUGUUUACUGUGGUUAUGUCCAUCACUUAUGGUCACAAGCACGGCUCAAGACCAGACCUGUACAGAAUCUGCAGACUUUUCCCCACAUUUUUCUGGAAAGAAAAAUAUGAGAAAAUCUGUUAAACACAGCUAAGAUUAUCAACUUACUUGCCAAAAUACUUAAUAAAUAUAACUUCAGCAGGUUCCAAUAUUGUGAAAAUCAGUUAAACUGAUUCUGUACAGGCCUGGAAGUUUAAAAAAAAUGAUUAAUUUUGUUUUCUGUUGUAUGUACAGGACAAUGUAGUGUCACAUCUGUUAGUAAGUACAGUACAGUUGUCAAACCCAAAUAUUGAAUGUGUCACUGGACACUCUUCCUCUGUCUGUUUUUCUGAAACAGCAUGUUCGUUGGAUGUACCAAGAACAAUUUGGGAUGAUUUUGAAUUUGUAUGUAACGCAUAAAUAGACUAAAAACCCUCCUUCAGAUCUGUAAAGGAGUUACAAAUGUGUGGGAUGUGUACUUCGGGAAGGGACUGAAAUUUUCGGUUUGACCACAAAGCAAUAGAACAGUACCCAUGGUGCGGGGUGCAAUAAAAAAGGACAUUAUGGCAUCAUAAUAAACAAACUACUGUAAA